AUGCGGAGUCACCAUCGUAAGGUCAAGGAAACCCUCGAUGCCAGAUCCGAGUAUACCAGUGACGAUACUGAAGGCACGAAACUCAUGAUAAAUCAAUGCAUCAUCAAAAAAGAGAUCGGCCAGGGGUCGUAUGCGCAAUCAAACAUCGUAAAUCGGCCAGGCGGAUUAAGACCAGGCUAUGGCAUACAGGCACCAUGGUCAACUCAUAGGAGGGACAUGAAUAGUCAUGAUGUUGCCGAAGAAAAGGACUCGUUGUUCCUCAUACGCGAAGAGAUCGCCAUCAUGAAAAAGCUGAACCACCCGAGUCUAGUGUCCCUAAUCGAAGUCUUAGACGACGCUAAAGAGGAUUCCUUGUGGAUAGUGCUUAAGAUAUGUAAAAAGGGGGUAAUCAUAAAAGUCGGGCUUGAUAAGGAUUCCCAUCCAUAUUCUGUGGAACAAUACUUUAGAGUUUCGGAAAUGUUUGAGAAAUCAGACGACGUGAGGACGGCCAAGUCUGCCGGCUCGCCAGCCUUCUUGCCACUUGAAUUGUGUAUGGCCAAGCACGAUAUGUCCCUCUAUUGUCUGAGAUAUGGCAGACUCCUCUUUCAUCGACCUAAUAAUGUGCUGGAGAUUUAUAAGUUUAUUCGCACUAAAGAGUUUCCGAUUUCAUCCGACGAGGACCCUGUUCUAGCCGACUGUAUAAACAUGCGGGAUUUCAGGGAAGGGGGCGACCCUCUACUCUCCGAGGAAGAGAACGCCACCGAACUUAUAGAACCACCUAACGAACUCGAAGUUAACCAUGCCUCAACGACGGAAAUGAGUCACAUGUUAACAGUUAUUGGAAUCGAAAAGAGCAGGGUUGGCAGGCCAGACCUGAAGUCGCCGCAGACACUAAAAACGUUAGAAAUACCGGAUUAUAAGCCUCAAGCUGGGGAUCGGCCAAGACGCAAAUCGAUAAACGACAAAACGACUGAACUCUUGGAAGCGGCGAAUGUCUAUCGCGACUUAUCAGAUCAUCUUGCCCGGCGUUUCUUGGCAAGUGAGAAAGGCCACGCACAACAUUCCACCGAGGCAAAUGUACAGUUCUUGGUAAUCGGCUUGGGCGAUCACGAUGAAUUUGAAGCUUCGGAGACACCGGCUGAUCUCGUCUCCGACUCUCCCAAUGCCAUUGAUUUCAACAUCUACGAGCGCGCUCUCGAGGCAAAAAUAGAACGUAUUCGCUCCAACAAGCCAUGUCCUCGUCGGAAGAUGUCCCUCACAAGAUUUGUAAAAGAAAAAGAGGUUUGGUGA